AUGCCUUCAGGGGAGCGACGCGGUCGUGUGGGGCCCGUACGCUUUAGAACAUUUCUGCGCAACACCGUUCUUGAUGUGAUGCGCAGUCGCGGGUGGCUCGAGACCGACAGCGACCUUGGCUGGGAUUUGUUUUGGGCUGACGUGGGGUGGAUCCGCGAGGUGCACGAUCAUGUGCGGCUGGACGACGUGCAGCGAAUCAACCACUUCCGCAAUCACUUUGAACUGACACGGAAGGAUUUUAUGGUGAAAAACUUGAAGCGCAUGCGAAAAAGCCUCGAACGGGAGGGGCGUUUGGAGGAGGCGACGGAGUUUGACUUUUUUCCCGUCACCUUCUCGCUGCCGCAGGACUACGGCAUGUUUGAGACGGAAUUUCGCCGUCAACCAAAUGCGAUUUGGAUUAUGAAGCCGCCGGCGAAGGCGCAGGGAAAAGGCAUAUUUCUCUUUUCAAAGAUCUCACAGAUUGCGGAGUGGCGGAAGGACUACAAACAACGACAGGUCGGAGCAGUGGGGGAAAAGGCGGGCGGUCCGUACGGGGCCGAGCAGGUGGAACCCUAUUUAGCGCAGCGCUAUAUCGAAAACCCGCACCUGGUGGGUGGGAAAAAGUAUGACCUGCGUGUGUAUGUUCUUGUGACGUGCUACUCUCCCCUCACGGUGUGGCUGCAUCGCACAGGAUUUGCACGCUUUUGUCAUCAACGGUUUUCUUUAAGGGAUAUCGAAAACACAUUUAUUCAUGUCACGAAUGUUGCCGUUCAAAAAACAAAUCCCAAAUAUACACCGUCAUCGGGCUGCAAGUAUGGACUUCGCAACCUUCGACAGUACAUUACCGCGUCGCGUGGGGUAGAGACGGCACAGAAGCUGUUUGACGAUAUACAGAACAUGAUUUUGCGUUCAUUGCAUGCUGUGCAAAAAAUUAUUGUGCAAGAUAAACAUUGCUUUGAGCUCUACGGAUAUGAUAUUAUGGUGGAUAAUGAUUUGCAUCCCUGGCUUAUUGAAACAAACGCUUCUCCUUCGCUUUCUGCUGAGACACCCGCAGAUUACCACUUGAAGUUUAACAUGCUAGAGGACAUGUUCAGCGUUAUUGAUAUUGAGAAACGCCGUACGGGAGAUGAAAUCCGCGUGGGUGGCUUUGACUUGAUUUGGAAAAAUGGCCCGGUGGGCCCUGCGUGUCGCGGAGAUGCUAAAGGUGGCGGCGUAACACAAUCGUUUUUAGGCUGUGCGAAUGAGCUUGAAAUUCCCAUUUCCCAUAUGCGGAUGCCACCACGACUGCAGCAGAUGGACAGCAGUGAGAGAUUGUUGACAUGA